AUUGACAAAAAUAACAAUACAGAUGAGUCAGUUGAGCAAAAUGUUAAAUCACUUAAAUCAAAAUUUGAACAAUUAACUCAACAGCCACAAUCAAAUGACGUUAGAAAACCGACUUCUGACGCUAGAGCAACAUUUCAAAAUCUUGUUACUUUAGCGCAUCAACAGCAUAAAAAAACAGAUCAACCACAACAGGAAAAAUCAUUAAUGUCAGACACCACUAAUUCUUAUUCUAAUAUAGAAAAGGACAACAUUAAGUUAGAUGAAAUAAAACAAAAACCAUCUUUUAAAAACGCUCACACAGUCACCAAUCAAUUAGAUUCUGGAAAAAAAACCCCUCCACCAAUACCUGCUCAUAGAUCAAAACCACUUAACAACUAUAGUACCACAACAAAAGGCAUAAUACUUAAUAAUCCAUUCGAUGAUUCUGAUGAUGUUGAUCCUUUUGGAGAUGAUCAAGAAAUUUCAAAAUUAAAUCUUAAAUCCCAUCAUUCUAAUGCCAAAGAAAUUACACCACAUACCAAACCUUUUCAAACAUCGACCAUCAACGAUGAGGAUGAUGAGAAUGAUUCUUAUUUAAAGAAACCACCUAAUAGUAACUUAUCAAAACCAUACCCCGAUAAACGACCACCACUUCCAACACGUCCUCAAUUAGCAUCACAUGUUAAUAAUGAUGAUAUAAAAAAUGGCAAAAAAACUUCAAGAAAUAUUAGAGCUGGAAAAAGUGAACCAAAUCAUGAUCACGACAUUGAUGAUGAUUCAGUGGUUGAUAUUGCUAUUUCUGAACUUGAUGCCCCUGAUAUAGCUCAUGCUAAUCGCAGACCACCGAGAUUCCCCGGAAUUAAAGAUAUUCAGCAUAAAAGUACAAUACGCGCCUUUGCAAUUGCUGGAAAUUUUGUUAUUACCGAUUCAAGUCUUUCUCGAGUAUGGUCAUUGGAUGAAGGGACUACUAUCAAUACUAUUUCUCAUGAAGAUUCCAAAGUGAUUAGUAUGUGUUGGCGUCCAUCAAGACGGGUUGAAGAUGUUGGUAGAUAUUUGUGGUGUGGCUCACAAGAUGGUUAUCUGUUUGCUAUUGAUAUAAAUAAGGAAAAAUAUAUUGAAAUCAAUAAAAAGGCUCACAACCAUCCUAUCAUCUUUAUUUUACGUCAUGAAUUUCAAUUAUGGACAAUUGAUGAUAAUGGUAAAUUGAUGAUAUGGUCUGAGGAUGGAAAUGGAUGUUUAACUUUGAAAUCAACACCUAAGCCUUGUCGUAUUACUCCUAAACAAACCAGCGCUAUUAUUGUCGGCCAUUGUCUAUGGUCAUCAAACGGAAGAGUUAUUGAAAUUUUUAAUCCUUUUGACGAAGUUGAUUCAAGUUCCAAAAAAAUUGAAUUAGAGGCAGAAAUUGGAAGUAUAAAAUGUAUGACCCAAACAAGCAACCCUUCUCUAAUUUAUAUUGGACAUGAGGAUGGCAAAAUAUCUGUUUGGAACAUCAGAUCGUAUAACAAGAUAUCAACAAUUAUUGUUUCUGUAUAUAGUAUUACAUCUUUAUUAGGUGUUGGUGAUUAUCUUUGGGCAGGAUUUAAAACAGGAAUGAUAUAUAUUUAUGACGUUACUAAAUCACCUUGGAUCGUUAUUAAGGACUGGCAAGCUCACAAAUCCCCGGUCAUCGAUAUGCAAUUGGAUGAAACGUCUUUAUGGAGAGUUAAUAGACUGCAAGUUGCUAGUUUAAGUUCAGAAGGACAAAUUACUUCUUGGGAUGCUGAUGAAAUGUGUUCAUUCCAACCUGAAUACUGUACUUAUAGAAAAGUUAAAGUUUUAAUAUGUUCAUGGAAUAUUGAUGCGUCUAAACCAGAAGAUUUAGAACAAUCGACUGACAGUACCAAAUUUUUAAGACUUUGGCUGACAAGUGUCAAUUCACCUGAUAUAAUUGUAAUUGGUUUUCAGGAAAUUAUUGAUCUGGAAUCUAGGAAAAUGACAGCAAAAUCAAUGAUAUUGACAGCAAAAAAAUCGGAAAAGAAAUUAAAUGAACAUGUUACCCAAAGGUAUAAGUUAUGGCAUGAUAAACUUGAGAAAAUUGUUCGUGAAUAUACGUCAAAUGGAAAUUUAUAUGAAAUUAUUAGUUCUGAAAACCUUGUUGGUUUAUUCACAUGUAUUUUUGCAAAGAAGUCAGAAGUUAAAUCUAUUAGGGAUAUAGAUGUUACAAUUCGUAAAACUGGAUUAAAAGGAUUACAUGGCAAUAAGGGGUCGAUUGCAACAAGAUUUAUUUAUGAAGAUUCAUCGAUAUGUUUUGUGAAUUGUCAUUUAGCAGCAGGUCAAAGUCAAAUUACUGCCAGAAAUACCGAUGCAGCAAAUAUUCUUGAUAAUACAGAAUUCCCUUCAAGAACUAAUAUUGCAUGGAAAGAAAAUGAAGGUGUUUUUACUCAUGGGGGUGAUGGUUCAACGAUACUUGACCAUGAAAUCUGUUUUUUCAGUGGAGAUCUUAAUUAUCGAAUUGAUUUACCAAGAGAAAAAGUUUUUGAAGCGAUUGAAAACGAAGAUUAUGCUCGUUUAUUUAAACAUGAUCAGUUAAAUAAACAAAUGAAUAAUAAUCCAGGAUUUAGAUUAAGAUCAUUCCAGGAAGCUAAACCAAAUUUCGCGCCAACAUAUAAAUAUGAUAGCGGAGAAGACGAGUAUGACACUUCAGAGAAGAAAAGAACACCAGCAUGGUGCGACCGAAUAUUGCAUAAAGGGCAAGGAGUCAAACAAUUACAUUAUCACAGAUAUGAAUGUAGAGUAUCUGAUCAUCGUCCAAUUAGCGGAGCAUUUGAAAUUACAAUAAAGACAAUUUUAGAAAAUAAACAAGCAGACAUUAGAGAAGCGGUUGAUAAAGCAUGGAAAGUUAAGGUUAAUGAAGAAAAAACGAAAAAGAUGAUAAAAUGGUUGGUGGAAUGUGGAUGGGAAGAAAAAAUGGCAAAAAAGGUUUUAAAAGAUAAUUAUGGAAAUCUAAAAAAAGCUUUAGAAACGUUAAAGGAAAAAACCAAAUAA